ACUAAAUAAAAAUUUAUCGUCCUUGUAAAGUGGUGUAUAGCUUGAUUUAAAAAUGUCUGAAUUGCAAUCGUCUUUGCUAUUAAAAAAACAAUUAGCAGUGAAGGAGGUUUCUUUAAAGCGCAUUUGUAUUUUCCGAAAGAGUACCCCUUACGUCCUCCACGAAUGAAGUUCGUGACAGAAAUUUGGCAUCCUAACAUUGAAAAGAACGGAGAUGUAUGUAACGUUGAAACGAUAAUGAUAUCUGUGAUAUCAAUGCUGGCUGAUCCAAACGAUGGAUCUCCAGCUAAUGUUGAUGCUGCUAAGGAGUGGAGAGAGUCGUAUCCGGAUUUUAAAAGAAAAGUAGCUAGAUGCGUAAGGAAAAGCCAAGAGGAAUGUUCAUAGAGAUUUGCAGUUUUUUUUUAUUUAUAAACAAUUUGGUACAUUAAAAUCAAUUAUUUUAUUUUUGUCACUUAAAUAGAUAAUAUCUCUUUAGUGACGUCAUUUGCAAAAUUAAAAAACUGUCUACAUUUUUAAAUCGUUUUAUUUGAUAUUAUGUGGUUUAAAUGAGUCGUUAUUGGAAAAUUGGCACACAAAAGCUUAGUAGUUAUAAAGUAAUAAUUUUGAUGUGCAAGAAAACAUAAAUAAUUUAUAUAAAGCAUUUAACAAUAAAUUUCUAUCAACUGAAAUAUAAAUCUUUAAAUUGUAAAUAG